UAUUUUUCUUCAUAUAUUAUCACUGGUUAAAGUUUAGGAUACCCUGCGCAUACACGAAAAAUAAUUUUUUUGUCUAAAUAGUGUAUGUUUUGAAACAUUCUCUAUAUGUACAUACAAACAAAUAGAACUCCAUAUCCAAGUGCAUUAAGCAACAAUUGCUAGCGUUUAAAUGUGUUUGGCCGCUUAGUUUGUUGUUAUGAAUAUAUCGAAAGUGACAACAUCGCUUGCUGCUGCGGCUGCUGCCGCCGAAAAAGCGAAACCCGAACGUGUAACAUCUGCAACGGCAGCGCUCAAUUUUAAUACAAUAUCCAUACAGAAGCGCAGCAGUGUGGACGACAACGAUGAUCCCAAUCGCAAGAAACUGAAGCGCGAUAUAGUUAUAUGCACGCCCACAACCAGUUUACCCGCCAAACAACGUGCAGCUACAGCUACAGCUACAGCUACAACAACAGCAACAACAACCACAGCAGCAACAACAGCGCCAGCAGCAACAGCAGGAGCAGUAGCUGCCGUGGUAGUAGCAGCAUCAUCAUCAUCAUCCACAAACAAAUUAACGGCGGACGAGUCACAAACAGCUAACAUCAGCAUUGGCGGCAAUUUCGUUAGUCACGCGAAUACCAAGUCAGAAGCUGCCGCUGCCGCUGCUGCUGCAGCAUCUUCAGGUGACGUCUGUUGGGAGCAGCGGGAUGAUCAAAUAAUAGUCUGUGAAAUGAACACCAUCAAGCCAGAGGAGUCGUCCAGCACCAACACGAACACCACCAACGCCACCAUCAUCAACAACAGCAACGCCAGCAGCAGCAACAGCAAUAGCAACAACCCAAAGCAAACUUAUGCCAGCUUUACCAAAAAAGAUGUCACAACAGCAUCAAUUUCCUCAUCCUCCUCCACAGCCUCCAUUAUAUCCAUUGAGUCGAGUGCUGAGCCGACGCCGAGCAACAGCAAUGAGCAGCCGCAGCCACAGUCGCAGUCUCAGCCGCCACCACAGCUGGGCAAGACGGUGACCAUUCAGGAGCUGGACUAUGUGCUGUUGCCAGCGACGACUACGGCUGAGCUGAAGCCAGCGGCAACGCAGCAACAUGAAGCAACAGUGACCAACAACAAUGCCACUGCCAGCAGUGCCAGCAGCAGCAGCAGCAGCAGCACCAUCACCACCACCAGCAAUAGCAUUGCCAGCAACAGCAGCAAUAGUAUUGGCAGCAGCAGCAUCAUUGCCACAAAGCUAACAACGUCCGCUCAGCUGCAGCCGGGCAGCUACAACAUGUUCAACAGCGGCACCGUAACGGGCGCUGGCACAGCGACGGCGACGGCAACAACAACGCUGCUCAAUCGCGUCAGCUUCCAGACCAAGUACAAGGGCCAACAGGUGAUGGUGAAUGCCAAGAAGCUGGCCGAGGGCACGCAGACAACGGCCAAGGUGUCCAUUGGCAACAAGAUGAUAUCGGUGCCGCUGGUCAAGCCCCAGAUUCUGCAGGGCGGCCAGUUUAUGAGUGCGAGCGGUGCGACAACGGCGGGCGGCGCCACCAUUGUGGAGAGCAAGCAGCCGGGCACGACGGUGACGACGGCAACGGUGACAGCCCAGCAGGCGCAGCAGCUCCAGCAACAUGCCCAUGCCCAACAUGCCCAGCAGCAACAACAACUAAACCUGAAGCUGGUCAAGUCGCGCAAGAACCCCACCACAAUCGUCUCCUUUGCCAAUGUACAGAUCAAGCCCGCCAAUACCAAAAUCGUCACCGCCAAGGUGGUCAGCAAGAAGAUGUCGCUGCAGUUCCAGCAGCAACAGCAACAGCAGCCCGGCACCGGCAGCAUUGUGACGAUAACCCCAACGAAUUCGGGGCAAACAUUUACCAUGCUGCAGCAGCAGCAGCAGCAGGACAAGCAGCAACACGAUGGCGAAGCACACGACCAGCAACAGCCGAAGACGAUUACCUACAGCGAGAACAUACAGAAGAUCUUGCUGAACAAGAGCAAGUCCAUGGAUGGUGGCGUUGUCAUCAAGCAGCUGGACAAGAGCCAGCUGCACUGCACGCCCAGCAUCAACAUAUUUAAGCAGCAGGCGCCACAGCAACAGCAGCAGCAGGGCGCCGCUGCUGGCGGGGAUGAGGCACUGCCGAAGCCAACGACCGGCGCCACGCUCUGCGCACGGCCCAUCAUCUCCAUACAGAAGAACAUCUCGCUGGUGGUGUCCAAGACGGCGAUGGGCCAGCAGAAGUCCAAGAUGAUCACCACAUCGGCGAACAGCGGUGCCACCCUGCAAAUGCAGCCCUUCAGCACGCUGGACGCCGAGACGGUGGGCAAGCUGCAGCUGAAGGCGCAGACGGUGAAGCUGGCCGAGGCAAAGGCCGAUGCUGUUGACGGUGAAGCGAAGCCGAAGCUGUUGCUGGUUAAGCAGGCGUCGGUGCCGGUUGAUAGCCACAAGGAGUUGCCAGCUGAACAGCAACAGGAGGAGCAGCAGCAACAGCAACAACAGCAGCAGCAGCAACAACAGCAGCAGCAACAACAGCAGCAACAGCAGCAGCAACAACAACAACAGCAGCAGCAACCGCAGCAGCAGCAGCAGCAGCAGCAGCAAUUGGGCAGCACCACCGAGAAACGCAUCACGUUGCACACGCGUGUGGAUGAUUCCAAUAAUGCGCUGCUCAAGCAAUUGCUGCAGAACAGCAGCAGCAGUAGCAGUAGCAAUAGCAGCAGCAAUAGCAGCAACACCAACAACAACAAUAGCAGCAGCAACAACAACAGCAGCCACAAUACGCUGCAACAGAUAUCGAUUACAUCGGCGCCGCUGUCGGCGCGUAAGGUCAUCAAUGUGCGAGCGCCGAGCAUGGGUCUGGUCAGUUCGCUGGAGGCGCAGCUGGCACGGCCCGUUAUACCGCCUGUGCCGGCAGCAGUGAGCAGCAGCAGUAACACGAGCGGCAGCGGCAGCUGUAAUACUAUUACCACAACAACUGCAACAAUGGUGGCAAUUAGUCAGGCGGCAUCGGCCACGCCUAUGCCCACAGCCACAGCCACACCGACACCCACACCCACGCCAGCUGUCGAGCAGCAGCAGCAGCAGACAACAGUGACAGCGCCGCCCAUUGCAGCAGCAGCAACAGUGGCUGUUGCACCGCCAGCGCCACAGCUCAAGCAAUCGGUGCAAAUUGUAUCCAAGGAGACAUCCUUCAUAUCCACACCCGUUUCUGCCUCCGCUGCCUCAGCUGCAGCCGCCGCCGCCGCUGCUCCACUGCCGCCGCCGCCGCCGUACGAGCUGAGCACAGGGCACGUCUCGAAUGUGACCAUUUCCAUCACCACGAAGCCCAGCAAGGAGCUGCACAAGCUGAACAAGCUGGAGACGCAGGACGACACGGAGCCGGAGAAGCAGCAGCAGCAGCAACAGCAACAGCAGCAUCUAUCGCUACAUCAGCAACAAAUGCUGCCACAACAACAGCAACAGCAACCGCCAGCAUCCGCAUCAGCAGCAACAACAAUCACAGCUCUGGCUGAGCCCAAGGCCGGGGAGCAGCGUAAGCGACGAAAGCGCGAGGCUCAGAGACCUCGGCGCACCAAUGCGAAUACCGCUGCUGGCCCUGCAGCCGCUGCUGCUGCUGCUGCUGCGGCGGCGGCGGCCGCUGCUGCUGCCAGUAGCAACCUUCGCGACAUGCCCGGCACGUUGCCAGCCGGCGCUGUGGUGCAGCUGACCGAUAUGCCGGGCAAUGUGCAACUGGGCGGGCCGAUGGCCAGCGGCGGAGCCGGCGGUGGCAGUGGCAGCGGGGGGCAUUUACUGACGGGCAGCGGCUCCGGCAUGAGCUCACCCAUGCUGAAGAAGCGCGUGCGCAAGCUGUCCAAGGUGGAGGAGGAUCACGAUGCAUUUACCGAGAAGCUGAUGACGCACAUCCGACAGAUGCAGCCGCUGCAGGUGCUCGAACCGCUGCUCAAUCGAAAUUUCCUCAUCGGCCGCGGGCCCUGCUUCGGCAACAACGGCAGCCACAACGGCGGCAGCGGCGCCGGCGGCGGCAAGCUGAAGGCCAUAUCGCGUGCUCUGCAGCUGCAGCGCCAGCUGGACGAUGGCGGCAGCGUCGACUGCGAUCAGUUGCUCGGCCGCAUCGGAUAUCUGAGACACCCGAGCAUCAAGUCGUUGUACGACAGCGAACGCUUCGGCGGCAGCGGCGACAGCUCGACGGGCAGCAGCAAUGGCAACAGCGGCAGCAGCAACAGUCUGAAUUCUGGUUCCAUGUCGAGCAUACAGAACGAUUUUUACGAUCAGGAGUUCUCGACGCACAUUCAGCGCAAUCCGCGCGAGCGACUGCAGCGCUUGAUGGCCGCCGUGCGCGAUUGCAAUCUGGAGACGACGGAUCUCAUUGAGCAGCAGCAACAACAUCCGCCGCAGCACCAGCAUCCGACUCCUGCCAAUCGCCUGGAUGGUCCGGUGGCCUGGUCGCGCAUCAGCCGCUAUCCGGGCCUGGUGCUGCUCAACACCAACAGCAAUCAGCGCUGUGCUCCCGGCCGCAUGUCGCCGGUGGCUCUGGCCAUGGAUGCGACGACGAUGCGGACGCCAGUGUCGCCGAUUUUGCGCAACUGUGCCGAGGAGUUACGCAAGGCGCAGCAGCUGGAACUGGGCAUGGGCGUGGGCCACAAUAGCAGCAACAGCACCGGCACCGGCAGCAGUUGCAGCAAUAGCAUCAACAACAACAACAACAACUACCAGCAGAAGAACCAAAAUGUGAUACUCUCGCUGCACAGCUCGGCAACGGACAACAUUGCCGGCGUGCUGCGGGACUUGGCCAAUCUGUUGCACCUGACGCCCGCCUUAACCUGCAAACUGAUCGAUGCCACCGCCGCGGACAAGGCCAAGGAGCCGAGCGAGCCGGAGCCGGGCCAGGGCGUGGCUCAAUCUGCCGCCACUGCCACUCACACUAGUCAGGGCAAUCUACGCAAAAUACUCACCGGGCAGCGUAAACUGUGCCGGGGCUGCGGCAGCAUCAUUGCCGCCUUCGGGCUGCGUGUGCCGUACCAGAAUCUGCCCGAGGAGCAGCCGUCGCCCACGCUGGCAAUGCUGCGCUCGCUGCUGCCGCGCAAAUCCCCGCCGCCGCCGUACGCCUACUUCUGCAAUCGCAGUUGCUAUGCGCAGUACAAGUGGCGCGGCAAGGAGGAGCCGGCGGAGGAGGAAGCGACGACAGCGUCAGCGACAGCUGCAGCUACAGCAGGGGGAACGGCUGCGGGAGCGGGUGCAGCGGCAGGCGCAACACCUGCUUCAACUGCGCCGUCGGCAGCGGGUGAUACAUUCAUGACCAUGCUGCCCAUCGAUAAGGUGGAGCCCGAAGAUGUCGAUAUGGAGCAACAGCAACAGUCGCAGUCGCAGCAGCAACAGUCGCAGCAACAGCAACAGCAGCAGUUAAAGAGUGAAUCGGAGCCAACGCCGCCGCCCGUGAAGCGCAAGUGCAUCAUCAAGUACUACAGCGCCGACUGCUUCGCAGCCUCGCCUGACUCUGCAGCCAUCAAGCAGGAGAACGAAGCGGCUGCGCCCAAUAACACCGUCUGGGAGACAGACUUCAAUCCGGACACGCUGGAGGAUCUGCGCCAGUGCGUCUUCUGCAAUCAGCGCGGCGAUGGCAAAGCCGAUGGACCCUCGCGCCUGCUCAACUUCGAUGUGGAUAAAUGGGUCCAUUUGAAUUGUGCUCUGUGGUCCAAUGAUGUCUAUGAGACCGUCUCGGGCGCAUUGAUGAACUUUCCGAUGGCCCUGCAGUCGGGGUUGAAUCAGGCGUGCAGCGCCUGCCAUCAGCUGGGCGCCACCAUCAAGUGCUUCAAGUCGCGCUGCAGCAAUCUCUAUCACCUGCCGUGCGCGAUCAAGGAGGAGUGCAUCUUCUACAAGAACAAGUCGGUGCACUGCAGCGCCCAUGCGGCCAAUAGCUCGGCGGGCGUCACUGAGAACGAGCUCAGCUCGUUUGUGGUGCAUCGCCGGGUGUUUGUCAAUCGUGACGAGAACCGUCAGGUGGCCACGGUCAUGCACUACUCGGAGCUGAGCAAUCUGUUGCGGGUCGGCAACAUGACCUUCCUCAAUGUGGGCCAGCUGCUGCCGCAUCAGCUGGAGGCCUUCCAUACGCCCCACUACAUAUAUCCCAUUGGCUACACGGUGAGUCGCUAUUAUUGGUGCGUGCGCCGGCCGAAUCGUCGCUGUCGUUAUGUCUGCACCAUUGCCGAGGUCGGCUGCCGGCCCGAGUUUCGCAUCCAGGUGCAUGACGGCAACGACAAGGAGCCGGAACGUGAGUUCCGGGACAGCACACCGUCGGCCGUCUGGCAGCAGAUCCUGCAGCCCAUACAGCGCCUGCGCAAGGAGCACAAGUGGCUGCAGCUCUUCCCGCAGCACAUUAGCGGCGAGGAUCUGUUUGGCCUGACCGAGCCGGCCAUUGUGCGCAUCCUGGAGAGUUUGCCCGGCAUUGAGACGCUCACCGAUUAUCGCUUCAAAUACGGACGCAAUCCGUUGCUGGAAUUCCCGCUGGCCAUCAAUCCGUCCGGUGCGGCACGCACCGAGCCCAAGCAGCGCCAGCUGCUCGUCUGGCGCAAGCCGCACACCCAACGCACCGCCGGCAGCUGCAGCACCCAGCGCAUGGCCAACUCGGCGGCGAUUGCGGGCGAGGUGGCGUGCCCGUACAGCAAACAGUUUGUGCACUCCAAGAGUUCGCAGUACAAAAAGAUGAAGCAGGAAUGGCGCAACAAUGUCUACCUGGCACGCUCGAAGAUCCAGGGCCUGGGCUUGUAUGCGGCACGCGACAUCGAGAAGCACACGAUGAUCAUUGAGUACAUUGGCGAGGUAAUACGCACUGAAGUCUCGGAGAUACGUGAGAAGCAAUACGAGUCAAAGAAUCGUGGUAUUUAUAUGUUCCGCCUGGAUGAGGAUCGCGUUGUCGAUGCCACAUUGAGCGGCGGCCUAGCGCGCUAUAUCAAUCACUCCUGCAAUCCCAAUUGUGUGACCGAGAUCGUUGAGGUCGAUCGUGAUGUGCGCAUCAUAAUAUUCGCUAAGCGCAAGAUCUAUCGAGGCGAAGAGCUCUCGUAUGAUUACAAGUUUGAUAUUGAGGAUGAUGCACAUAAAAUACCCUGCGCUUGUGGUGCGCCCAAUUGUCGCAAGUGGAUGAAUUAAAUACCAGUAAAGAA